CAGAAAAACUCCAUUAUUUUUUUGCUCGGAAUCAGUAAGAAAAAAAAAACAGUGGGAAACUGUGAAUUUAGGAUAUAUAUGGAUCGUGAUGGUUGGCGGAAUACAUUUGGUCGCCAGGUGGUUUAGCAGAGUGAAUACCAAAGCAGCGGCUGGAUAAGUGUGCACCAGGACCGGGACUUCCUUCAGUCUUGUUGGGACACUCCAGAAUCAAGUAAAUGUUAGUCAGUAAGCUAUGCUAGCCUAGCAGGUAGUGUUAGCCCCAGAUCCCAGGCGCAGUAAAAUGAAGCGUUAUUGCCCUUUGUUUUUAAAUCCGACUGGCAGACAUUGUACAAACGCCCAGGGCUGAUUGAUAGCGCUUAUACACGGUUUAAAUGAUACAUGUAUUUAUUUCACCGCUAUUUGUUAAAGUAUCACUGGUUUUCAAAACAUUAUCUGGCUGUUCCGUUAGCUACCCAGCUAAGCCUUGAUUCUCCCGCGACCCAGCAGAGAGGCGAAGACUCCAAAACUUGUCCAACACAGAGACACAGAGACAGAGCCUGACGCAGAGAAAGGAUGAUAGGUCCUGCUAACAUUACAUUAGCUCACGGCUUUCAUUAAGCAGCCCAUCUCCAUCCAAGAGCCGACUCUGAUGUGAGCUGAGCGGAUAAACUUUGCAGAAGACAGCUUCUUAGUUGAGCUGAGGACCUGGUGCUUGGACAUCAAGUCAAGUUUGACUGGCAGUCAGCGUUCUUCUCACCCAACCAGCAUGUACAUUGGACAGUUGAUACCUUAGCCAAAACAGAUCUUGGCUUCCUAAAGAUGACAAGGUGCUGGCAAGCCACAGCUAAAAAAUGAUGGGAGGCAGUGAGACUGCAAGUGGGGACAAGGAUGGGGUCCACACCACUGCAAUACAAGUCCCCAUCGGCUGGCAGAGGAGAGUGGAUGGUGGUCAGGUGAUCUAUGUCAGUCCCAGUGGCACUGCCCUAGUCUCCCUUGACGAGGUCAAGACCUAUCUGUUGACUGAUGGCACCUGCAAAUGUGGUCUUGAAUGUCCACUUAUCAUCCAUAAGGUUUUCAACUUCACUGUGGGAGUGAAGGUGGAGCAGCACAGCCAGCCAUUAGGCAAAGCAGAGCAGGACAUGACCAAACUGUGUAACCAUCGCAGGAAAGUGGUAGCGAUGGCUGCUCUAUGUCGGAGUAUGCAGGCCUCACAGCUGCCCUUUGCCAAUUUUCACCUUCCAGAAGGCAGCAGUGAAAUUGACAGCCGGGAUCCAAAGGCAGUACAUCUAGAGAGGGACGAAGAGGACCAUGGAAUUUACCAUCCGAAACUCCAUCCUGUCCAUAAUCGCCCCAACAUCAACCUCCAACCCAUCCCCACAGGCAGCCCCAAGUCCUCCUCGCACCACUUUAUUUAUCCUUACAAUGGUUCCUCUCCUGUCCUUCACACAGGCACAAACUCUCACCAUCCCCUAGAGGCUUUGAGAAGGCUUCACCAUCCACCUCCCAUCUCUGCCUCCUCAAGCUCUUCCCCCAGCUGCCUCCUUACCCACAACGCUGCUCAGAGGUCACCCCGCACACCCACACCCCAAAACAUCAGUCAAGGUCGAAGAACACCCAACACCCCAGAAACUCCAGCUUCUCCUCGGCUAGGGCCCCUCUCUUCACCGCCUCUCUCUUCUCCUUUGAACAUGGGUGGAGGAGGAAGAGGAGCACAGACUGUCACUCAUCAUCCUCAUGGUGUUAUUGUGGGAGGCUCCCCCCUAUCUCCUCCUCCUUCCCUCUCACCCUCUGUGCAUAACUUUAACUGUGUUUCUCCUCACCGGCGGUCUCGCCGCCCAUCAGCCUCUCCCUCCCCUCUGUCUGAUCACUUAGGAGGGUCAACAGCAGCAGCAGUUGGAGGACUAGUGGGAAGUAACUUGCAACAGAGGAGGAAAUCCUCCUCUUCUUCCCCACACUCGCCCAUCUCUGGUAGUUCCCCUAAUCCCAGUUCCCACUUUCCCAAGUACAAGCUGGAAGACAUCUUGGAGCAGUUUAAAAACUCAGGCAACAGCAGCACUAAUAACCACCACCUACUUAUCCCAACUAACCCCUCCUUACUGACCAACCAAAGCAGUAGCAACCCUCAUGCUCUCUCCUCAAAGCCCUCAAAGACUACCAUGAGUCCUACAGCCAGCUCAGGAUCACCAAGUUUUGGGUUUAACUCUGCAGGGCCCUCUACUUUACCUCUUGGGCCAUUUCAAAACCAUCACCACAGCCAUCAGAGCAAGCUGCCGCACCCAGCUUCUUACCCUGCAAGUAGCCUGCUCUCUGCAGCUGCCAAAGCUCAGCUGGCCAACCAGAUAACCCAGAGCUCGAGUGUGGCCAGCAACCCGGUGAGCUUGCCCUCUCCUCUGGAGCAACAGUCAUCAAAGGUAACAAACAGCACUUUACAUAACAGCCAUCCUCCCUCCUCAGUCGCUACUACCAGGCAGCCCCACCCCUCCCUUGCAGCAGCCACCUCUGUCCUCUUUCCUCCACCCCACUCUGUUGCCCAGUCCCUGGCUUCCUCCUUACCCCUCCUGCCUCCAACAGCAGAGCGGAAUGCGUCACACAGGAAACGGCAACGACGAUCUCCUACAGUGCUUAGCAUGCUGAGAGACCCCCACCAGCUUCCUAAUGGACAAAGGAAAACCCCACCAGGAGAUGCAGUUUCUGCUACAGUUAUCAACCUAUCCUCCUCGUCCUCUUCCUACCCUUCCCCCUUGCACUCCUCCUCUACCUCAACUGUGCAGAAUCAGAAUGCUGUCAUCGUAGGAAACAAUCAUUCUGUCCUCUCUGGGCAGAUGCCAAGGCUCUCUGCCCCUAGACAGAAAGCACACCUUCCAAGGCCUCCACGACAAAAUGAGGCUCUGGAUUUCACUACAGGUCUGGCACCUACACCUCUUGGCUUGGAUCCUCCAACGCAACCUCUGUCUGCUCUGUUACACCUGCUGAGUGUGCAGAAUGCGCAAGCCGCAGCCUCAGCCUCAGCAUCCAACUCUGCUUCAGCUCAGCCUGGAUCUGUGUUUACUGAAGGAGGACACCCUAAUAAACAGAGCCCCAGACUGUCACCCUCUCCUUCUGCCCCUCACCCGUACAUCAGGCGGCCACAGACCCAGUCACCUGGCCGAUCCAGUAACACUAAUCCUCUACCCUUGUUGUCACAGCAGCAGUCUCCUCCUCCCACUUCCUCUCAAUUUGGAUGUGUACAGUCUCCAUCAAAUACUCAGUCUUCUAGAUUAAAUCCUGUACAGAGGUGUUCUCCAUCUCCGACAGGGCUGCCCAACACGCAUUUUGUUUUACACAGCAGAAGCAGCAGCCCUUGUCAGCAUACAUCCCCAACCCCUCCAGACAAGUAUCAACUGACUGACAACCACAUUCCUACAGUAGACUCUGUUUCCCAAGGAGCAUUGCGGGAGUCCUCACCACAAGGGACUGUGGCAACAAACAUGUGUAGUAACAGUCUAUCUACAGCAGUGGACCUCAGUCCCUCUCACGGCAGUGUUCCAGUGGCGGUAUCAAUCUCCCCGAAGCCUCUUGAUCUGAGUAACCACGUCCUGGCCCUCCUGGCAGCAUCUUCUUCUGUGGGGGAGGGCUGCUCCUCGGAGCGUAACACUGAUGUUGCCAUGUCUUCCCAAGGAAAUCCCACUACAGGGCCAGAGGAGCCUAGAUGUCUGGACACAAAGGUCUCCAUAGUGACCAAACCUCCAGCAGCCACCAGCCCUGGGCCCAACAUCUCCUCUCGUCUUGGGGAUAAUCACAGUCUGCAUACACACUCAGUUGUAGGUGACUCAACCACCCCCUUACCUCUAGCAGAGGCCUUCCCCUUCAUGAACCAAGAGCAGUUGCUUCAGCUCCUGUCAUCCACCGGAGGUCUACCAUCACUCCUUGACCCUGCAGUCUUGGCUUCAUUGCCCCUUGGUGGGCUGUGGUUGGGAGGUCAACAUGCACAGAUGCCCCCUGCUAAUGCCACAACACAACCACCACAGAAUCUUCCUGAGCAGCAGCAAUCAGAGCAGAAUCAGCAGAUACUGUUACAACAUCAAGAGGCACAGCAGCAGAACCAGGAUCAACACCAGAAGCAUCCACAGCUAAACAACAGUCCUCUGUUUCCUUUGUUGCCCUUUUUAAGUGGUGCUCAAGGGGAGCUGCCUCUGAACCUUUUGGGCCUGCUGAACCCACUCCCAGCCUCAGCCUCAAAUCCGGCCACAGGACAGGAAGCAGACUUGGGGCUUACAGAGAAACCUAGCCUUCAGGCUCUGCUUAUGGCGUCCUUGUUGCUUGGGCAACAACAGGCGCCCCUGUUACCUCUAUCUGGGCUGGCUCAGUUGAGCCAGGUCAGCUUGGAACUUCCUCUUCAGCAGACACAGCAGAUGUCCACCACAUUGGAGGGCCUCACCUUGGAUAAGACCCCUGGCUUCCUGGAUGCAUCACCACUACAAGGCCCAAGCCUCUUGGAAGUCUCUCAGGGCCUCCUCCCCAUUCCUCCAGGAGCUGAGGGCUCAAUCCAAGCCCUGCAGUCUCUGCUUUUCCCUGCUGGUCUUCCUCCCCCCCCUGCAGCCUUCCUGCCCCUCAGCCCUGCCUUGCUCUCUGCUGCCCUGGGCUCUGCUGAGCUCCACUCGCCUCCCCACACCCAUUUAGUUCCUGCACAGCAAACCCAACAUACCCCACCUCAGGUAUCUUCUGAGGCUGGUGUUGACACCCUCAUCCCUCUAUCUCUCCAAGGAAAGGACAACCCCAUCCUUCAACAUUUACUGCCCACUUUGCUCAACCCUGCUGUGUUAGGAGAUCUCUCUGCCAUCACAAGUCUCCAUAACAUGUUGGGGAUUGGAGCAGGUUCCAUCCUGUUACCCCAGACCUCUGCAUUGGGGAUGCCCCUGCUGCAGGGUCCUGAUGGAGCCAUCAGCUUACUCAACAACAUACAGCUAAAUCUUGCACCGCCCACAGAAGGAGAGAAGCCAGUCUCAUUGCAGGAAUCACAUAGCCCUGCUCCACAGGAAGACAUUCCAGCUAUUCAGAUUGCUACCGAAGAGGUACCCAGUCCUGUUCCAGCUCCAGUUCCUGCCCAAGAGCCAACCCAAGCCCCACAGCGUGGCAGGUCCGUCAUCGAUCCUUACACCUCUUUCAUGGACACGAUUUAUACCUCUUUUCUUCAAGUCAAUGCUAAAGAGCAGGAAGACAGGGCCCAUCUGGGGCCCUCUGACCCCACUUCACCCUUCUGUGCCUUACCGCCUGUUUCUUUCCCCGUGGAGCACCAUACCCGGUCUAACCCUGCCCCAUUGCCUCAGGCAAGUGCCCCAGUCUCCCUCAGCCCCCGUCGGGCCUGUUCCCUCCGAAACCCAGACUUAUCUCGACUUUGCAUGGAAGCAGCUGCCCAUUCUCCUGCCCAGGGGACACCCAAACCGGAGGAUGGGUCUACACCACCCUUACAAAGGAAACCUGACAUGGUAGAGGGACAUACUCACCCAGAGCCUCCUUUGCCUUCCAUCUAUUUGGAAGAGGCUAAGACAGACUGUACUGGGCCUGCUGCUGCUGUGUACCCCUAUGUGGAGGCAGGGGUGGAUAGGCAGGGGCAUUUUCCCCAUGCAGGAUACCUCAGUCCACUGGAUGGAUGCAGUGGGAGGCCCAAAGAAGAGUCUGCUGGGACAUUUCUGCACACGGAACAGGGCAGGGAUCAAGCUGGAGCAGCGGGUGGAGUAAGAAGAGGAAGGAAAAGGAAACAAACGCUACAGAACGUUCUGGAAGACUUCAGAGACAUGGAUGCCACAGCACUAGAGGAAACCAAGGCCACAUCAGCACUGCUAAAGCCUGAGAGGUCGGUCCGGGGCAGGAGGCGUCGAGGCGCCAGGUCUCAAAGGCAGUGAUUGGUGGAGGGAGUCCCAAGUCCCAGCCAUACUCCAAUCAGAGGCGGCCAGGCACCUCACUCUCCCGCUUCCAUUACUCCACCAUCGUCACCACUGUUUAGACGUUUCUUUUUAUAAUUCAACUGCACUAUUACGCUGUUGUCAUGUCAACCGUUUUUAUAUGGCAGCCAGUAAGUAUAAACACAUAGGAGAGGGCUCUAGUCUGAUGAGUUAAAUCACAAAAAUACAAAAAAAAAGGCAAGAGAAAUGUUGUCAAUGCUUUUUCACAUAGGUCUUCUCUUAGGUCUAGUUCACAAAAUAAUGGUUGCUCGACAUUGUGAUCAGAGAUCUGUUAAUCAUGGUUGGUGUUAGAAUAAUAUCAAUGACAAAACAUACAAAAAAAACAAGUACUGUUCUUCUCAUCAGUGUGUUACUUUGAGUCAAGAUAAAGCCCAUCUACUUGAAAUAUGCUCUCUAUUGAAAGUGUGUUUGUCCCUGUGUGGAUGUGUGUCUUUCUAUAUGUUUGAGUGUGUGUUGGACAACAGUGCUAUUGCUGAGCCCCUCAAUGUCUGACAGUUAGUUGAACUUAUUUUCAUUAAAUUAUGUAUGCUCUUUAUCUUCCAUGGUAAGAUGAAGGGCUCCUCACGGAGACACACUGCAGUUGUAUUUCAAAGAAGGUUUCUGAAAGUGCUGAAAGGGAGAUAAAAGAAGGAACAGAGAAAGGUUUUCUCUUUAAUGGUUUGAUAAAAAACUUUUAUAUUUGAGAAGCCAAGGAAAUGAUGUUGAUCAAUGUAUCAUGUAACCUAACACUCUAAGACGACAACUCCUAAUCAUGAUUCAGGAUUUUUUGUGUGAUGUUCUUGUCAGUUUGUACAUCACUAAUAAUUUUACAAACCAAGACAUUCAUGAAAAAAAUGAAGUUAUUUUGUGCAACUCUUUAAAUCAGGUCAUAACAGUUCAAAACAUUACAACAACAUGCAAUUAUUUGACUUAUGCAGUCCACAGCAUAACCUGGAAAAUUCAGAACCACUUUUAAAAACACUUGAGGUAUCACUUGUAACAUUUUGAAAACCCUCUUGCUUUUUUGCUGUACAGAAUAAGAGAACCUGUUCUGUGAUGGAGACUUUUCAAUAUCUGUUGACAAACAGAAACCCACCCAAGCACCCACUCCCCCAGCCAUGAGAAAAGUGUCUGUUAAAGGUAUAGACCUUUGAUACAGGUAUCCUUACACAAAGAACAGUUCUGAAAGCCUUUUGAUUGGUCAAAAGAAUGGCUGGUAAACUUAACCACAGAGAGCGAUGAUGUCCUACGUGGAUCCGUUCGAUCCAUUCAGUCCGUGUGUUACUGUGGAUUUGGAGUGAUAUCCUUCACGUCUCCUCAUAUCACUGUUUGAGCUCUCCUCCACAUGCUGCCCUGCCCCAAGAGUUCUGGCAUCACUAGCUGUAUUUAAGAAAAAGAAUAAAGAAAAGUGAAAAAGAAAGCAGAAUAUGCAAUUUCUACACUUGGAAAUGUGUAUAUAUGUACAGUUAAUGUGUUUUAUUUUGAUUUUAUAUUGUUAGAGAAAGAGACGAGAGAAAACAAGAAUUGUGAAUUUUUCUGGGAAUUGUAAUUAAGUAUUUUUCUCAUUCUACCCCUUGCGUUCAAUACUUAUGUUCAAGAAGACGAUUAAAUUGUGGACUGUAGCUUUCUUUUUA